AUGGUCGUAGAGCCACCCAGCGAACCAACAACUAAGCUGUCGACCGUGGAGUUCAUACUGCUCGUGAUCUCGCUAUGUUUCGCCAUCUUCUGUCAAGCGCUCGACAACACCAUCAUCGCGACCGCUAUUCCGCGGAUCACGGAUGAGUUCAACUCCCUGGACGAUGUGGGCUGGUACGCAAGCGGCUACCUUCUCACAACCUGCGCCUUUCAGCUGUCCUACGGCAAGCUGUACAAUCUCUUCCCGAUCCAAUGGGUAUUCCUCGUAUGCUUGGGCAUAUUCGAGCUGGGCAGCCUCGUCUGUGGCGCUACACCGAACUCUGUUGGCUUGAUUAUGGGUCGGGUAGUCGCAGGAAUAGGCUCAGGGGGUGUAUUCGUUGGCGCCAUCUUGAUCAUCGCGAAUACCGUCCCCCUCGCCAAACGUCCCAUCUUCAAUGGCGUUUUUGGAGCCAUGUUUGCAAUCGCAUCUGUUGCUGGCCCAUUGCUAGGCGGUGCUUUCACCGAUCACGUAACCUGGCGACUGUGCUUCUAUAUCAACCUACCAUUCGGCCUCAUUAGCGCCAUCUGCGUCCUCUUCUUCCUUCGGAAGAUGCCCAAGCCGCCUAAAGCUUCGCUUCCACUCAAGGAAAAAAUGAAGGAGUUCGACCUGAUAGGGCUGCUCAUCUUCAUCCCGACCAUCGUCUGCCUCCUAUUGGCUCUACAGUGGGGAGGCUCGACGUACAGCUGGAGCAAUGGCCGCAUCAUCGCCUUGUUCGUCGUCGCCGGUUUACUACUUACCGUCUUCAUCGGCGUGCAGAUCUGGCAAAAGGACCGGGCGACAGUGCCUUUUAGUGUCAUCAAACAGCGGACGGUGUGGGCGUCGGCGCUGUACAGUCUGUGCCUUUUUGGAUCGUUCAUCUCCCUGAUCUACUACAUCCCCAUCUGGUUCCAGGCCAUCAAGGGCGACACGGCUACGGAAAGCGGUAUCCACAACUUGCCCGUCGUGCUUGGGGUGGUCGUCAUGUCGAUGUUGUCCGGAGGUGCAAUCUUUGCGGUGGGAUACUACACCUGGGCGCCGCUGCUUAGUAGCGUUGUCGCUUCGAUAGGUGGUGGACUAUUGACAACGCUUGGACCGAAUACGGACUCUGCGCACUGGAUAGGUUACCAAGCGCUCUACGGCGUGGGGUUGGGCAUUGGCCUGCAGGUUCCAAUCAUUGCUAUCCAGACUGCCUUGCCUGAAGAGCAGAUUUCUGAAGGCACCGCGAUCGUCAUGUUCAUCCAAACCUUUGGUGGCUCCGUCUUCAUCAGUGUGGCUCAAAACAUCUUCAACAACAAGUUGAUUGCGAAUGUCGCCGCAGCCGGCGUACCUGUCAACCCGGCGGCUUUGCUCGGUACAGGCGCGACCCAACUCGCUGCGCUGGUGCCGCCUAGCUUCCUGCCACAGUUGCGGGUGGCGUACAACAAGGCGAUUACGGAGACGUUCUACGUUGCUGUGGCCACGGCGGCAUUGAGUAUAGUUGGCAGUGCGCUUAUACCGUGGUUCAGUGUGAAGAAUAAGCCUGGUGAGAAGAAGGAUACGAAGAAGGCCGAACAGAAGACGGAGGAGAACGACGUGUGA